GGCAGCUAAAAGAACAGGGCUUUUGGACUUUUGUCGUGUGAGAACAAAGGCCAAUUGCAGCCCCGUUCUGAUGUGCUCUUUUCUCCGCACUCGGUUUAGUCCCUGGACCUCGUCGUCGUCCUUCUCCUCCAUCCCGCCCAGGCUGGCGCCGCCGCCGUCGACUUUACUUCUUCUCCGCAGCACCAAUACCACCACAACCACAACAACAGCAACCCGACUCCUGCGCCCCUUGCACACCACCCGGACCCUCAAGAUGCGCAUCCCCUACGUCCCGGACCCCCCCAACCCGGGCCAGAGCCCCGAGGACGCCGCGGUCGUCGACCGCGUCCGCCAGCGCCGGCACCCCCGCCCCCUGCAGCCCCUCGACCUGGCGCUGCUGCACUCCCCUCCCGUGGCCGACGGGUGGAACUCGUUCAUCGGCGCGAUCCGCACGAGGACGACUUCCCUGCCGGACUCGCUGCGCGAGCUGGCCAUCUGCCGCAUCGCCGUGUGCAACCGCGCCUGGUACGAGUGGGCGCACCACGCGCCCCUGGCGGUCCAGUACGGCGUCAGCCAGCAGUUCAUGGACGAGUACGUCAAGGGCUGCGCGGACCUGGAGGGGCAAGUCACGCCCGAGGUUAAAGACAAGUGCAAGGCCGAGUGGGCAGUGGGCGACGAGGAGUGGGUCGUGCUGCGGUACACGGACGAGAUGACGCGCAAUGUCCACGUCCCCGACGAGGUGUUUGCCGCCGUCAAGGCCCUGUUCGACGAGAGGACCGUUGUCGAGUUGACUGCCACGGUCGCCGCGUAUAACUGCGUCAGCCGCUUCCUUGUUGCGCUCGAUGUCGGCGAGAGAAACGCCACUGGCCCGGAUGCCGUGGUCCACCACUAGAGCGGCAAUCUCACGUGGUAGCACAUCAAAACCGGCAAAUUUCAGUCACUCGUUCACGAUGACGGCAGAAAUGAUUGCUGUGCGAGCGGUUGGGCUAUGGUCAGGCUUCACUCAGAAGAAUAAAAUUCAAUUAAAAAAAAACAAAUCGAACAUGGA